UCCUUCGCCACCAUCCAUCCUUCUUCUCAACUCUUCCCUCACGCCAGUGAGGAACACCCCUCUCCCAACAAUGUCGGAGGGCCAACCAGCCGCCGGCGCAACAAUCGCCGCAGAGCCAGCAGCUGCGCCGGCUUCUAGCGAGCUCGCGUCUGUCUCUGUUCCUGCCGACUUGGUCGCCGAUGUCGAGCGCGAGCAAGCCCUGGCCGACCUGCAUUCAUCACUCAAGUCCAGGUCGGAUGACGUUGACAAGUUGAAUGCGGACAAGCAACAGCUCAUCACUGAGCGCGAUGGUGCCGUGUCCACAGCCAACCAGCUUCGCGCGCAGCUAUCCUCGCUCCAGUCAACACAUCUACAGUCGACGUCGGAGCUGGGUGUUGUGCAGAGCAGGAUUGAGGCCGCGGAGCGAGAGAAGCGCGAGCUACUCGAGGAGAUUCAGCGACUGCAGGAGCGCUCUCACAGGGCAACUCAGGACUUGUAUACUCUUCGUUCCCAGAAAUCAGAGGCAUCGCAGAAGAUUGCCCACCUCGAUGUUGAAGUGUCGGAGCUCAAGAUGGCCGCGGACUCUGCCAAGUUCAACGAAGAGCGAAGUGUGCAGGCAUUGAAGAACGCUCGCAGUGAAAUUCUCACCACCUCGAAAGCUGCGACCGACGCCGAGGCGCGGUUCUCCAAGUACCGCGCGCAGACACAAUCUGAGCUCUCUCAGCUCCAGCACGAGAACGAGACAGUCCAGUCACGCAUCACUUCUAUCCAGACAGCAUACCAGUCGCUGCAGCGAACCUACGAAGACCAGGCUCGCCGGCUCGCCGAAGCACACGCCAACAUCGCGACGCUGACCUCCGCUUCGGCCUCUCAGAAGACCUCCUACCGACUGGAGUUUGACCGCUUGCAUGAAGAAAUACGGCUGGCACAGAGGCACGGCGACGAGGCCAGAACGGAGGUGGCCGACCGCGAGGCCGAGCUUGAGCGGUUGUCAGAAAGCCUGGCCGAGAAGGAGGGACUAUGGGAGGACCGUUGGAAGCGAGAGGAGCGCGCCCGCAAGGAGGCGGAGAAGCGCGUCGACGACCUCAAGGUUGUUGUCGAGCGACUGGCCAUGGCGCAGGGUGAGGGAUCAGGAUCCGACAUCAGCCCAGCUGCGACCCUCGCCACCAAGCUUCGCGAGGAGGGCAAGUCGUACACCCAGUUCUACACCGACUACACUAUUCAGGAGGGCAAGCUGCGCGCUUCACAGGACGAGGUUGCGCGGUUGACCAGCCUUCUCGAGCAGAUCAGCCAGGACAUUGCUGAGAAGAAACCUCUCUUUGAACAACAAGCACAGGAGCACGGCGCAGCCAUUGAACGGGCCAAUGCUCUUGCCACCGAGCUGGCGAGUGCGAUUUCCGCUCGCGACAACUUCGAGUCCCGGGCCAAGGCUCUCGACGCCGCUUCUACGCAUCACGCCGAGGAGGUUCAAUCUCUGGAGACAACGGCAAAGGAUCUCUCUCGCCAGGUUCAGGGCCUGCUUCGUGAGAUCUCCAUCCGCGAUGACCCUAGUCUGGCAAAUGUGGCGUUCAACGAGAAGGCAAAGGUCAUCGAAGGCGACAUUGUGACCGACCGCCUGCUCGAGUUCACUUCGCUGCCCACCCUGCAGCAGCAGAACCAGCGGCUUCUCAAGCUUACUCGUGCUCUUGCCGCAAAGCUCGACGCCCGCGAGAUCAACCGCGCGACCAACCACGCCAGCGACGUCGACACUGGCGCCGCUCUCGACCAGGCCACGGAGACCAUCACCCGUUUGCAUACCCAGGUCCUUGAGUCGCAGAAGAAGAUCAACGAGAUCUCAAGAGAGCGCGACCUGUUCUCGAAACUGCUUGCGCGUGGCGAGGGUCUCCGCUGGUCGGCAAACGGCACGUCGUCAAACGGACCACUGGAGACGAGCGACAGCUCCAACGAGCAAGCGCUCGCAACCCUCCAAGCUCAGCUCAGCAGCGUCCGCGACAAGGCUGACGCCGAUGUUGCUGAGGCCAAGGAACUUGCUCGUCAGAAGAGCGAGGCCGCUGGCGUUGCCGAGGUCGAAAGGGUCAAGGCCGAGGCAAGGGCGACAAUGAUCGAGAAGCAGCACCAGAUUCUCAACGAGACCCACCAGCUUCAGAAGCAAGAGUACGCCAGCUUGGAGACCCAGUACCGCCAGGUGCAGUCCCAGAUUUCUCAAGCUGAAAGUGAACGCCGUGCCGCUCUUGAGGAGGUUGCCAACCACCAGUCGACCGAGGCACGUCUUCGUGACGAGGCUGCCAACCUUCGUGCCGAGCGUGAGCAGUGGGAGAGCGUCCAGUCUCGUAUGCAGACCGACUUCUCGACAGUCCAGCAGGAGCGUGUUCGCUUGCAGCACCUUAUCGACAACCUCAACAGCGUCAGCACCGAAAAUGAGCGUACCAGGACGGAGGAGCGCACCAGGCUGGAGAGGAGGAUCGACGAACUGCAGCGCGAAGCCACACAGCUCAGAAACCAGGCGGAUGAGGCUCGCGAGGCUGUCCGCGCCGCAGAGCGCCGCCUUGAGGAGACGGAUCAGCGCAUUCAGGCCGAAACCGCAACCAUUACGGCUGCCAAGGAGGCCGCUGAGAAGAUUGUUGCCGAGAAGGACCAGGAGAUUACGGGUCUCAAGGAGCAGGCCGACAAGAACCUCAAGAUUGGCCUCAACUGGCAGCGUCGUGCCAAGGAGCUGCAGGAGCGGAAUGCCACGGUUGACGCCAAGGAGGCCGAGAUCACCAAACUCAAGGCCGAGCUCACGGAAGCGCAAGCGAAGGUUGCCGAGCUGGAGAAGAAGGUCUCUGAUGCCGAGCAAGCCAGCUCUCAGAAGGACACCACUGUGCAGGGCCUGCAGGCCGAGUUGGCCAAGGCCAAGGAGGCACCAGCUUCGGCUGCUCCUGCUGCCGACCCCGCCGAGCUUACUGCCCUGCAGGCUGAGCGCGACGCCCUUCAGCAGAAGCUCACCCAGGCCGAGAGUGAGCUGGCGGCUGCCAAGGCUGCAGUCUCAGAAGCUGCUCCUGCUACCCCUGCUACCCCAGCCGAUACCGCCACUCCCGCCGCUGUCCCUGAGGGCGAGACGCCCUCAGUCGACACGGCUGCUUUGCAAACUCAACUCGACGAGGCUACAAAGAAGCUGGCGGACCAGGAGACGAGGUACCAGAACGACGUCAUCAAGGUCAACCGUGCCAACCAGGGUCUCAGCAACCGCGUCAAGGCUUUCACUGCCGAGAAGGCGGCUCUCGACGCCAAGAUUACCGAGCUCGAGAAGGAGGUCGCAGAGCUCAAGGUCAAGCUGGCGACUGCCGAGGCCUCCGCGGGAACUGCUACUACCGACCAGUCGGCAAUCGAGGAGGCUGUCAAGACUGCCGUCGCUGCUCGCGAAGCCGAGCUGAACGCAGCACACGCCGCCGUACUGGCCAAUGCUGGCAGCAAGCCCGACGACUCGGCCAUCCAGGCGGCGGUCUCCGCCAAGGAGACGGAGCUCAAGGCUGCGUUUGACAAGGAGCUUGCUGAGGCUAAGGCUCAAGCACCUGCCGGCAACGAAGAGUUGGUCGCGAAGAAUGCCGAGCAAGAAAAAGAGAUCAAGACUCUUCAGCGUCAAAUUCGGACAGGCGAGAUUACCCGCAAGACGCUCGAGCGCCAGAAGACCGACCUCGAGACCAAGGUGCGCAAUCUUGAGGCUGCUGCUGCUGGUUCUCCUGCCCCCAGCUUGUCAGCGGCUGCCGCGCCUUUCAAGCCCGCGGCGGCCGCCUCUCCGGCUGCGGAGGCUUCCACACCACCAGCAUCAUUGCCGGCCAAGCCGUCACCGACUGCGCCGGCACCAGCAGCUGCAGAGGCCUCGACAUCUGCAGCGACUGCUGAUGCCUCUGUGCGCGGCGGUGCGGCAGGACGUGGCCGCGGCCGCGGCGCAGCGGCGGCUGUACGCGGAAGGGGCGCCGCACCGGCCCGACCAAACAGCGUUCUGAAUGCCGUCAACGCCACGCUGGCGUCCGCCACCGACACGAGCGGUGGCACCAAGCGUGCUGCCCCUGACGACGAUGGCGCUGCUGGCGCAACGACUACGUCUCCUGACAUCCUCGCCCGCCUCCAGAACGCGCAACCUGGGGCUGCCGCCGAGGCCGCUGCCCCGGCUGAGGGAGCUACACGAGGGCGUGCUGCCAAGAGGGCCCGUGGUGGCGCGGCGCGUGGACGGGGCACUGGACGACGACCGAGCGGAGCAGGUGGUGCUGGAGGCGACGCAUGAGGCGUCGUGGCUGCCUGCUGUGGGGAGGGGGCCGCCAUUUGAUUUGGCGCCGAUUCAUCUACAUACACUUCAUGAACGAGUGAGAGAGCGACGGCGAGGUGGAGAGAGUAGAAGUCAUGCAGCGCAAUGUAACAUUUGA